AGAAUCUUUAAUCUUUCUGUUGAUCACUCCCAGAAACAAGCUGCAAUGGCUGUGGGCAAAGCACUUGCUGUCUUCUGCGGUCUGCUCCUCAUCCAGUCCUAUGUUUGUGGGAUGUCCCCUUUUGGGAAACAACGCUGCUUGUGCAAAGGACGUGGUGCCGAAAGGAUCAGUACCCCGAAUAUAAAAAAACUUGAGGUGUUUCCAGCAAGUUUUGGCUGUGAUGAAGUUGAAGUUGUUGCUACAAUGAAAUCAGGAAAUAUGAUCUGCCUCAACGCCCAAUCAAAAUUUGUCAACAAACUCAUGACUGCCCUACGAAAAAAAAGAUCCUCAAAGUGAUUGGAUGAGGUGGAUUUAUGACAACAGCAAAUUUCCCUGACAAAAUUGGAUAUGCACAGCUGCAGGAUUUCUUGCUCUCAACUAAGAACUGGUGUUGUUUUACCAAAACUGUUUUUAAAAUGCCUUUUAAAACCACAAAAUCAGAACACAUAUUUCAAAAGAUGGUUCAGCAAAAAAGGGCAAACAUUUAUUACAAAAGAUAAAUAUUUAUUUUUAUUUAUUGCAAAGGUUUGCCCUUUUUUACCAUAUUUACCAUUUACAAUAUUUACCAUUUUGUAAACUAGAAUGGAGAAAAUCUCAAUAUUGUUAAAUUAUUUAAAAUUACAGCAAGGAUACUUUUAUAUGCACUGAAUUCACAGAAUUUUUAUGUAAAAGAAAGACUCUAACUACAGUCAUUACUUCAAAACUAUUUCUUUAAAUCUACAACUUGUAUAUUUUUAGUAUUUGCAACAAGAAUCAGAAAUGUGUAAGAAACAUGUUCCUACAACAGUAGAAAUAGAUAUGCUAGGAAUUAUCCCUUUAUUUUGUAUAUAGUGCACUAAAGAAAUGUAGGACUUUCAAAAUAAAGACUGUAUCCAUGCUCUCUACCUUGUUAACUGUAUAUUCUCACAUUUUGUUUUGAAUACUAAAAAUUGUGAUUGUUAUUUCAAAAUGUAAUUUUGUAUAAAUGUUUGAUAACGUUAAAAUAAAAUUUUGCUUUCUAAACCUAA